AUGAAUGGCGAGGCGGCAUUAGAGCAACUGCAGCAGCCGGCAACAUCAAGAGCAGAUAGGGCGAAGGCACCAAUACCAUCAGGAUUGUCAAGCGCUGGUUCGCUCGCUUUGCAAGCGAAGGCACCGGCUUCGAAGACAAGCCCCACACUGUCGAAGACUCCGCCAUUUUCGACGCUCUUUGACGCUCUGACGCUGUCAGAGACCAUUUUGAGAUUAACACCAGAAACUGACGGAACUCGGGUGUAG